CACACCUGAACCUUGCUCGUUAUCUCACCUGACCAUUCCUCAUUGUGUCACUAACAGCUAGCGGAGCUUCACAACAGUCUGGACCAGGUGGAUGCUAUAUUAUCCACCUUUGAGAAGGACAUGUAUUCCACUAACACUCGUAACCUUGACGACACCUUUAAUAACAAUAUGGCUGACAAUUUUCUGGCCAAUAACCUGUAUAGUGCUACAGUAGAGAACUACAGACAGCUGAAAAAAGCUGCUGAAAAUGUGCGACAUGUAACAUCAUCAACAUUAAACAUUCUUAACUCCACAAAGGAGACAAUUGACUCUGAAAAAGAAGACGAUGGUUGCCUAGCAACAAGUACUCCUCGCCAAGAGGGGGAAAGUCGAGGUUCUAAUUCAAAUAUGGUCGCAUCAAACAGCAAUUCCAAACUUCAGGAAAUUUCAGGUCAACCUCUGGUACACCAGAACAAGUGGUACAACUCAUCAUCGUAUCCAGUGGAGUCCUACAGUGCUUACAUCUAUCCAAAAACCUCGGUCAAAGCUUCAUCAGCUCGUGAAACAGACACUUUAAAUGUGAGGAAUGAUGGAAGUGUUUCCAGGACAGAGAACAUGUCGUUGCAGUCAGAACUUGUUCUUCCAUCGUCUUCAAUAGUUGAUAACAAACCAUGUGAUUCUCAAGUCAAAGAGCUUCCAGUGACGGUGGAUACAUUCAAGAGUUUAUCUGAGUCAGAUAUUAAACAGGAAGUGGAACCACCACAGGAAGUAGAACCACCACAGGAAGUAGAACCACCACAGGACGUGGAAGUACAACAGAAAGUGGAACCGAAGCAGAAAUUAUCACAAUCACCAACACGUCAGAAAGUUAAAGUGGUAACGGUUGUUAAUACUGGACCAAAAAAACUGGUGACUUCACAGUUUAACAGGGACUUUUUUGUGAACACGACGCCGACAAUGCCACGUAAACACUGGGAGGUAAAUACGUCCUACAAGUCUACGACCCCACCGGUCAACCGCGACAAAUCCUUAGAAGAGACGCAGGAACAGAUCUACAUGACAGCUGGUAGGGUUUACGACCUUGAAGAGACAGUAGGUGACCUUCAAACCAAAGUAGAGGACGUUGAGAAGCAGGAAUGCGAGGAAUUGGCUCUGUUAGAGGACGCUGUGGCCAAGACCGUGGCUGAUGUCCAUUGUACAGAACAGGAUGUGUCCUCCAUUGAAUCUUCAGUGAGCCAGAUUAAAUUACGCGCUCUUCCUACCACCAUAAUCGGUCAAACGAGUGAAGCAGAACUUCCAGAAAGUCGGACAGAGCUAAACGAGGAUUCUGGAAUCAAGGAGCUUCCGUCAGUUAAUCGACUGAAGGCCAUGUUCAGUGAUCCAGGAGAUGAAUCGUCGAUUAAAAGGGGUGUUGCUACUGACGCGGUACACAGUAUUACUGCCAGGACCGUGCCAAAAGAGAAGUUAGAGAGAUUUCGUAAGAAGUCGUCGACUGAUUUUGAUGAGUCAGCAGAGGAUCAGCAUGAGAAGAAAAGUCACCUAACCGUAAACCUGGCUCCCACUCCAAAGAUCACAAUUCAUGAUGAAGCCACACAAAUUUUUCCAGAAACAAAAGGUGGCACCUUCCCAGCCUCAGUAGCCAAGCAGACACCAAUCAAAACAACUGUUACAUCUCAGGUCAAAGUUCAACCAAAGACACAAUCUCCUGUAGCCCAUCAGAAAAAGAUGGCGCCAUUUGCCCCAACUAGCCAAUCAAGUGAUGCCAUUGUUACAACAUCUAGUGAGAAAAAAACAACACCGAAAAUAAGAUCAGGAUGUAUCGCUGCCAGGGCAAACUUCUGGGAAAAAAAGAUCCAGGAUCCGCAGGACGUUUUGGAAGAGGAAUUCCCGGACAUGGUUGUCAACGUCCAGGAGUAGAACAACAUAAAAUCAAGAUAAACCUGUUUCCUCCAAGUGCUUUAACGCUGUCUCCUGAUUGGCUCCAAUUUCAUCACAUGACCAAUAUUCUGUCUCCCGAGUCGGUCUCUCUCCUCGUCUCCACAUUGACAAACAAUAUAAGCAAUUUGUCUGGUUACAGCCCUGACGAUGCCCUCCGAACAACCAACCACUGCAUGAUACAAAUAUCUGUGAGGACAUUUGCUGGUGGAUGAUAAUGUAUGAAUGUUUUUUGUUGAGAAAUAGAGAACUCGGCCCAGCUGAUGAAGGUCUGAAUAGCUAAAUAUAAAUCUUUAACAAAAACAAUCACAGAAUGUGAGAAAUAUCUGAAAUAUACAAAUAUUUCCUUUGUUUCCGGUAGUAAAUUUUUUAAUUUGAAUCUCCAUAGAAAUAAAUUUAGUGUUGAAUUUCAAUAUUUUUUACAAGAUACUUUUUUGUGUGCGUCAUCAUUAAGCCAACCAGCCUUGAACAUCGGGGCCCUGAUUACAACCAUUAUGAUUAUGAUGCCAAAUAUCUCGAUAUCACGGCUCUCCUCAUCAAUUAACACAAAAUAUUUUUCCUGUGAAAUAGUUGUAACUAAAUGCAAAAGUGAUUUUGUAUUGGCUGUGGUUGUGAGUGAGGUCAGUGUAACACAAUGAUGUAUUGGAUGUGAAAGUUUAACUAUUAUCCUUUAGUCGUCGAUAAUAGCAGACAAUGAAAAAGGGUUAUAACAAAACUUUACUUUAUACACAAACAAUGUACCUGUUAGAUAUGUUGCAACGUUUCAAGACCGACUUGCCCCUUUGUCAAGCUAAAACUGAGUGAGCGAACAGUAUUGUUUACCUGUAUAACAAUGUGACGACAUUGCAUAUUUCUCAUGUUGCUCAACCUGGGACAUUUCCCCUAUCGAUAGAGAUCGUAUAUACAGUGUAUGUUAUAGGUUACUAGUAGGGUGGAGAUCUAGCCCCCUCUCCUGCUAUUCCAUGUACAGUGUGUUUAUACGCUCUUUGUCGAUACAGCUACCGCUUAUAAACGACUUCCCUCUGUAUAGUGGUACAUAUAUAGACCAACCCCUUAUAAACGACUUCCCUCUGACCUCUGUAUAGUGGUACACCCUCUAUAGACCCAACCCCUUAUAAACGACUUCCCUCUGUAUAGUGGUACAUUUAUAGACCUACCCAGUCUAAACGACUUCCCUCUGUGUAGUGGUACAACAUCUAUAGGCCUACCCUGUAUAAACGACUUCCCUCUCUAUAGUGGUACACCAUCUAUAGACCAACCCCUUAUAAACGACUUCCCUCUGUAUAGUGGUACAUCUAUAUACCAACCCAGUAUAAACGACUUCCCUAUGUAUAGUGGUACAACAUCUAUAGACCUACCCUGUAUAAAAGACUUCCCUCUGUAUAGUGGUACACCAUCUAUAGACCAACCCCUUAUAAACGACUUCCCUCUGUAUAGUGGUACAACAUCUAUAGACCUACCCUGUAUAAACGACUUCCCUCUGUAUAGUGGUACAACAUCUAUAGGUCUACCCUGUAUAAACGACCUAGAGGUGUAUACAGACCAGUAGGUUGUUAGAACUCAUAUUUGUAAAAUUUUACAUUAUUUUAUUGUAAGUUUAAUUAAAAUACAUUAUACUGCCAUCAGACUACUUUAUACUCCAUAUUUAUACUUUUAUACCCGUCAGAAGUACUGCCUAUUAUUCCAGUUAUUUUCUAUUAGUUAAUACACAUGUCCUUGUAUAGAACUGUAUGUUCAAUGAUAUAAGAUACUAUCAACCAAGGUGAUAUUUUCAUCAGUAGUUCAUCUUCUAGUGCAAGUAUCUUUAUCUCACCUGCUUGUAGCAUGGACCUGAAUAGAAGAGUUAUCUCCCCAUGAUUAGUAAAGGGAGGUAACUUUGUUAUCACAUUUUUACAAUUUGUUAUCCUAUCUGCAUGGUGAAUAUAUAUUUUUUAAUAAGACAUACACUCUUUGAGAUUUGUAGAUAAUAUACUUCAACUUGAUUUCACAAAUUGGAAGAUUAUGACAUCUUAGAUGACCCGAUAUAUUUUAAUGUGGAAAUCAAGUGUGCUGACCAUUUUGCAACUUGACCAUCUAAUAAUAUAUAAUAAAGACAGGAUAAAUAUUAUAUAUAUUUCGACUGUAAUGGAUCUGGAGCAGGUGAUGCAUGAUUUGUACCAGUAGUAGAUAGAUAUGGCGCGUACAGGGAAGAUAUGGCCUUACAGACCAGAUAUGGUGUAUACAGGUCAGGGAAGGUAUGUCGACAGUAGAUGUGACAUGUACUGGGUAGAUAUGACCUUACAGACCAGAUAUGGUGUAUACAGGUCAGGGAAGGUAUGUCAACAGUAGAUGUGACAUGUACGGGAUAGAUAUGGCCUUACAGACCAGAUAUGGUGUAUACAGGCCAGGGAAGGUAUGUCGACAGUAGAUGUGACAUGUACUGGGUAGAUAUGGCCUUACAGACCAGAUAUGGUGUAUACAGGUCAGGGAAGGUAUGUCGACAGUAGAUGUGACAUGUACGGGGUAGAUAUGACCUUACAGACCAGAUAUGGUGUAUACAGGUCAGGGAAGGUAUGUCAACAGUAGAUGUGACAUGUACGGGAUAGAUAUGGCCUUACAGACCAGAUAUGGUGUAUACAGGCCAGGGAAGGUAUGUCGACAGUAGAUGUGACAUGUACUGGGUAGAUAUGGCCUUACAGACCAGAUAUGGUGUAUACAGGUCAGGGAAGGUAUGUCGACAGUAGAUGUGACAUGUACGGGAUAGAUAUGACCUUACAGACCAGAUAUGGUGUAUACAGGUCAGGGAAGGUAUGUCAACAGUAGAUAUAACAUGUACAGGGUAGAUAUGACCUUACAGACCAGAUAUGGCGUAUACAGGGCAUGGUAGGUAUGUCGACAGGGUAGAUAUGUAAUGGGCCUACAUAUUACUAUGUGUAUGGUAGAUGGUAAUACCUUAUACAGUGUCGUACAUGAUACACAAUAUAUUACUAUGUGUAUGGUAGAGGAUAAUACCUUAUACAGUGUCAUACAUGAUACACAAUAUAUUACUAUGUGUAUGGUAGAGGGUAAUACCUUAUACAGUGUCAUACAUGAUACACAAUAUAUUACUAUGUGUAUGGUAGAGGGUAAUACCUUAUACAGUGUCAUACAUGAUACACAAUAUAUUACUAUGUGUAUGGUAGAGGAUAAUACCUUAUACAGUGUCGUACAUGGCAACUACAAUGUAUUUCGUGAAUUAUACAAAUAUGUUUUGUAGACUUAAAUUGUAACAGCUGUUUUGUAGAAAGAAAUUCGGAAAGAAAAACAAGUCUCGUUAAGUGUAUAUCUUACUAUGAUAACAUAUUGUACCUGGGUUGUCCUCAGAAUUCCUACGUAUUGGGUAUAAAGUUAGAUAUUUUAUAAUAUUAUUUACUCCGUCUACUAAUCUCACUACAGAAAUGUUGAACAUGUUUUAAAUAAUACAAAACAUGUCAGCAAUUUUUAAAUUACAUAAAUGAUAAAAUUUAUUUCCAUGUAUUCAUUCAUUUAAUAACUGUAAAUGUACAUGUGUAAUACAUAUAUAUGUUUUGUCUUAUCGAUGAUUGAUGGAGGAAAGGUUGUUUGUAUAUCAUAACUUUUUAUGUAAAUAUUUAUCUGUUUAUACUCAUCACCAUUUGUGUAUAAAAGUCAUUAAUAAACAAACAUAUAUAGAUAAAUUUAAAUUAUCUGAUAUUAAUAAAACAAUACCGUACAAUAUUAUUUAUGUGCAAUACAGCUGCCAAGGGGAAAAACAGACAAUUAUAAUAAAAUUGUGAAACGUUCUUCCUUGUUUGUAUUUUUUUUUUGGAUUAAAAUAUCAACUAUUUGUAUGACAUACGGAAACACAAACAAUUUUACGAAGGCCAAAAUUCUCACUCAAGAGGUUACCUCCCCUUACAUACACUGUCGUCAACCCUGUAUUCAGAAGUCAAUAAAGAUGUCUCUUAC